UUGCAAAUUCUAAUUUAUCUUCAAUUUCUUUGAGUCUAUUAUUUAUAGACUCAAGUUUUUCAAUACUUAUCUAGUGCCAAAAACGAUCCAUGUUUAAAGAAUUUAUAAAUAUCAAACUUUCAUCAAAAAAUAUAAAUAAACAAAUUUUAUCUAACGUUCCUGAAUGGCGUGUUGAACGAUCUGGAAUGAUGCAUUAUUUUUGCUUAUAGAUGUCAAAAAAGUAUAGUGGAAACUUUUAUCACGUGCUUGCAUCGCUUGCAUUUAUAAUAACAGUAGAAUAUUAAUUUUUGGGAAUUUGGAAAAUGAACUUAACAACAGUUUCGACUAAACUACAAAAAUGUAGUCGCUUUCUAUCAGUAAACAAACGAUCCAUUGCCCGAUUUUCAAGUAAAUCCGAAGAGCCGAUAGUACCAAGAAAUCCAUUACAAGAUGUUUACAGUGCAUCUCAACAAAAAGCAAAUGGAGUAGUUUAUGAUAAGAAACCAUUUAAAUUGCGACUUGAAGCUGGAAGAAAUUAUUCAUGGUGUCUUUGUGGACAGAGCAAAAAUCAACCUUUAUGCGAUGGGACACAUAAAAAUGUUUUCCUAAAAGUAACUCUCAAACCAAUACGUUUUGUAGUUCCAGAGACAAAGGAAUAUUGGCUUUGUAAUUGCAAGCAAACUUCAAAUAGACCAUUUUGUGAUGGUACCCAUAAGAAACCAGAAGUUCAAGAAUUAAAAAGAUAAUGUUCAUAUUUAAAGUUAUAUUUUUAAAUAUGUUGUCUAUUUGUUUUAAUAAAACUAUAAUCUCGACUUUUUAUGUUCCAUUAUAGUUUAGAUUUAUUCUUGUAUAGAUUAAAAUAAAUUAAUUCUUUUUCAGUUGA